AUGGCUCCUCUUGUUUGGCUCAUCACUGGAAGCACCUCAGGCUUUGGCGCUGAGUUUGUCAAGGCGCUUCUAGCAAAAGGAGACAAGGUCAUUGCUACAGCUCGUGAUACCUCAAAGAUAGCCCACUUUCGUGAGGCCGGCGCGGCUGUACUGAAAUUGGACCUGCUUUCCAAUCAGGCAGAGUUUGACAGGGUCGCACAAGACAGUCUCGGCAUCUAUGGAAGUGUUGAUGUCCUAGUUAACAAUGCUGGGUUCUCCCAUUUUGGGACCAUUGAAGAUGACAGCCAAGAAGACUGGCACAAAGUCUUUCAGACUCACCUUUUCGGCCCACUCGGUCUCACCCGAGCUUUUCUACCUCACUUUCGGGCGCGCAAGUCGGGAACAUUUGUCUUCAUAGGGUCGGCCGUGGCGUGGGGAGGUAUUCCUACUCUAGGGGCGUAUUGCGCUUCCAAAAGCGCCUUGAGAGGUGCCGUUGAAACCCUUAAUCUCGAGGUCGAGCCCUUAGGGCUUAGAACGCUCCUCGUUGAACCAGGUUUCUUCCGCACAGAGCUACUCAACGCGAACAACACUCUUUAUAUUGACACGAAGAUCUCGGACUACAAGCCUAUCGUUGACCCACUCUUUACAAAGUUUAAGGGAGCUCAUCAUCAGCAGCCCGGAGAUCCCGCCAAGGGAGUUGCUCGCAUCAUUGAUGUGGUAGAAUCUAGGGGAAGUGCGCAGGGGCGGCCCUUGCCAAUUAGUUUUGCUGUUGGACCGGACGCAAUCUCUCAAGUGAGCAAGAAGUGUGCUGACACAAUUAAACUUAUGAACGACUGGAAAGAGGUUUCGUCUGAUACCCUACUCUAG